UUCGUGGAUUUGGGAUACCGAGAACUUGCAACGUUAGGACUGUCGUGACAGGAAGCUGAAGAGGUGGGCCUGGCUCGCCAGUUCAGUCAAAACGAAAUGGCUGCUGUUGAGCAAAUGAUGGCCGACCGGCCUCAUGGUCCGGCUCUUGAUGCCGCCUUGAACGGGUCUUCGUCAAGUCCCAUGAGCGCCGACGUGAAUCGACAUAGCCAAAGCCCUGUUCUCGACGAAAGUUCUUUUGGCGGCACACCAGCGACUGGAGAUACCAGGAUCGUCGUCAUUAUCUUUGGACACGCACAGGAUCGGAUUGUGUCCGUGUUCGCCGAGGUGCUGGGCGCUCCCUUCAGGAUAAGAGGUGGUUUUAGCCAAGUAACAGCCGAUGACCGUGGCUUCGUCGUCGGAAUUGCCGCCUCCCAAGCAAAGGACGACGUUGCUGCGCGCAAUCAGGAGCUUAUGGUCGCCAUCAAUGCUCACUGUGUCAACCUAGGAAUGCCUCCGGACCUCCACCUGUCAGCCCAAUGCGAUUACGAAUUCCUUUAUACCGAAUCUCAUUUCAUCCGCCGCGAUUUGGCAAGGUUCACGUCUUUUACUCUCGGCCAGAUCAGUCACCAUGCAGCUCUGAUGGCAAAACCGAGGACUUACUUCAUCUCCACCACCUUUCCCGACGUCCACGCCGCCUUGCCCAACAUUGAUAUUCUGACUGUGGGCGCCGAUGCUGUCGAAAUCCGCGUCGACCUGUUACAGGAGCCGCUUGGGGACGGAUCCUUUUCAGAGAUUCCUAGUUUGAGUUAUGUGGGUGAGCAAGUCAUGCUUCUCCGCCAGCGCACAGAACUCCCCAUCAUCUUUACUACUCGAUGUACCCGCGAAAAUGGAAGGUUCCCCAUGGACAACCCGGACAUAUACUAUGAAUACCUGUACCGUGCAAUCCAAUGGGGAGUAGAGUAUAUUGACGUGGAGCUCUGGUUACCAGAAACCAUUAGGCGGAAAUUGUACGAGAAGCGGGGAAACUCCCGUAUCAUGUCGGCCUUCCAUGACUUUUCUGGGACCUUUCGGUGGCCGUCCAAGUACGCUCAGGAGGUGUUCCAACAAUCCCAACGGUACGCGGACAUUAUAAAGAUGAUUGCCAUUAUCAACGAACACAACGAGAACUUUGAGUUGGAAUACUUCCGCUCCAAAAUGCGAUCCGAAUACCCCGAUGCCCCUCCAUUCUCUGCCGUUAACAUGGGCGAAACUGGUCAAUUCUCGAGGACACUGAAUCCCGUCUUCACUCCUAUCACUCACCCGCUUCUCCCCAUAAUCGCUGCUCCCGGCCAGAUGAGCGCCGCAGAAAUCAAUGCGGCUUUGUCAUUGUUGGGCCAGCUCCCUAGGAAGUCCAUAUAUGGUAUCAGCAGCACGGCAUCACGGAGCGCCACACCACAAGCACCAUUCUAUGAGAAGUGUUUCAAUGAACUUGGACUACCUCACCACUUCGCAGUUGUUGACAGACAUCCCAGCAAUCCAGGAAGCAUGGAGGCAUGGUGUAACCAAAAGCACUUUGGAGGCGCAUACCUCAAUCCAGGAUUACCGCAUCAAACCAUAACCAAGAACAGUUCAUUCUUCACGAGUCUCAAUGCGGGCACCGGGCCCAUAUUGACGGAGGCCGCUCGUGUUAUCGGAAUAGUGGACACAAUCGUUGUUAGGUCUGGAUCUUCGUCAACAUCAUCGUCGCCCCAUUCGAUCCCGUCAAGCCCUCGUCAUCGUCAGAGCGACUCUCUCGAACCCAUUAUCUUGUCGGGCUUACCACUUAACUCCACCCUUGUUUUUGAUAACGCGGGCUGGAAAGGCAUACUGAGCACGCUCACCCGGGACCUCGCCCCUUCCGCAUACUUUGGACGUUCGGCUGUGUUGAUGGCAUCUUCUUCCGAUGAUGCUGCACCUGUUAUAUUUGCCAUGAGAGCCCUCAAGAUUGCUAAAAUAUAUACCGUGGGAUUUCGGACGCCGUCUGCCCUCGCCCGAAACGCACCCCCGAUCGAACCUUUCAUCAGCCUCGAGAGCCUGCAACGCGCCCGGUCUGUGGACGAUGAAAGCUCCCCGUUCGUCAUCGUCUCGGCGCUGCGCCCAGAGAAGAGUAACCUAGUCGGAAUGUUGCUUCGGGCAUUCGGAGGCGCUGGUUCGAGAGGCUCGUCGAUGUCGAAGAAGGUCUUCCUUGACCUGGCGGAAGGAUCCUCCCGAAGGAGUUCCGAUCCAAGUCUGAUCGCAGAAAAGAGUGGUUUUGCCGCGUACGGAGCGGUUGAUGUGGCGGCCUUCACCGCUGUGGAGAGUCUGCGGCUGCUAGUCGGGCAGAACGUUCCGUAUAGCUUCGUCCGACUAGCCAGCGGCAGCAACCUUUACUGAGCAGAACUGGAGUA